AUGGAACCACCAUUUGAGACUGAGCGAAACUCCGUCAAUGGAGGCGAAUACUUCCCACAAGUCGAGGCGCGACCGGCGCCCUACCCCUUCAGCCUCGGGCCAGCACCUCCGUUCAACGGAGAAUGGUUUCAAUCCACGUUGCAUCCAGAUCCUGUAUGCCUCUACCAGCCCUUGCCGUACCUGGAUACCACCUCCGGCACCAUACCACAGUACGGGCCCAGCCAUCUGGUUCAGGCCUCCAACUCCAACACACGGGUGAUCACGUCUCCCACGCCAGCCAACAUUAUGGCCGGCCAACCCCCCAGCUGGGACGUAUGGAGUACGAGUGAGGGUUCAUCCAGCCCAGCAGAAGAGCGCGAGGAGGAGACUUGGGAACCAGAAGACCUACGCCACAUGGGAUACCUCGACGCGAAUGGAAGCUGGCGAUGCAAGUUCCAAGGUUGCCGGUCCACGAGGGUAUUCAUCCGCGCGUGCGACUUGAGGAAGCACUACCGAGGCCACGAUAAGUGCUUCUUCUGCACGGAGAAGCCCUGCGCGAAAGCCGGCGUUGGCUUUUCAACGAGGAAAGACUACCAACGCCACAUGGGCUCGCACCAGCCUACGAUCAAGUGCCCGCACCCUGAUUGCGGUCGAAUAUUCAGUCGCAAAGACAAUAUGGGAGCACUUCAAAAAGAUCCACCUCCGCUUGCGAAACAACUUAUUCCCCAGGCCUUGCCGGAGGCCCAGACGAUGCGAAUCACGGAACUCACCGACAAUGAAGGUUGA